GGAGAAGCUGGGACUAACAGGCAGUUUUAUGUGACUUUUUCCUCACACUGAUCAACAACCAAUCAGAAUAACACAUUUCAAACGUACUAUCUACUAAAAGAACAUGGUCAAGGGCGGGAAAGGGCCCAAAGGCAAAAAGAUCACCCUCAGUGUGGCCAAGAAUUGCAUCAAAGUCACUUUCGAUGGCAAAAAACGCCUUGACUUAAGCAAGAUGGGAAUCACCACCUUCCCUAAGUGUAUUCUGCGACUCAAUGAUGUGGACGAGCUCGAUCUUAGCCGGAAUAUGAUCAGGAAGAUCCCUGACUCAAUCGCCAAGUUCCAGAACCUCCGAUGGCUGGACCUGCACAGCAACUACAUAGACAAGCUCCCCGAAUCCAUUGGCCAGAUGACCAACCUGCUCUACCUCAAUGUCAGCAACAACAGGCUGACAACAAACGGGCUGCCUGUGGAGCUGAAUCAACUCAAGAGCAUCCGCACUGUGAAUCUAGGCUUGAACCACCUGGAAAGUGUGCCCACCACACUGGGUGCUCUGAAGGAGCUUCAUGAGGUGGGACUCCAUGACAACCUGCUGAACACCAUUCCUGUGAGUAUCUCCAAGCUCCCCAAGCUGAAAAAGCUCAAUAUAAAGCGAAAUCCCUUUCCAAAGCCAGAGGACACAGACACAUUCAUAGAUUCCAUCAAAAGGUUGGAGAACUUGCAUCUGGUGGAGGAGAAGGAGCUGUGUGGGGCUUGCCUGAGAAAAUGCCAACUCAACCGGGACAAGCUGAACAAGAUCAAGAACAUGGCCACAAUGACACCAAGAAAGGCCAUCUUUUCCAGUCUGGUCUCACCUAACUCCAUGGCCAAGGACUCUCAGGAAGACUGGAGGUGACUGGGACCCUGACCUCGAGGCAGGAAAGGAAGGGAGAAGGGAGGGAAGAGGACAGUGGGCUGCAUCCACAGGACACUGAGGGCUCCACUGUGACUGCAGGAGCUCUUCUAGUCAAGCCUAUAAAACACCUUCCCUACUU